AUGGCGUGCAAUGAGGGAAUCCAAGGUCACGGGAAGAAGCGCCCGGCCCAAACUGACCCCGAUGGCGCGCAACCGUUGACGAAGAAAUUUGGGCACCUGCGAAUAGAUAAUAACGUGCCAAUCUCCGCUCGGGCCAAACUCAAGGGGCAUAUUCAGCAUAUUCAGCAUAUUCAGCAUAUUCCAGAUAUUCAGCAUAACCAGCAUAAUCCCCCACAUCAGCAUGACCAUAUCGAGCACUCUUCCUCUUCUCCAGAUCGAGGUGAUAAAAUGUGGUUGGAUGAUACAAAACAUACAACUUACAUUCACGAUCUGGAACAAGAAUUAAUGGAAGCCGAUUCUCCUAAUGGGUUGGUCUUCUUACCAUUUGCAGCGAAAGUGCUUUCGGUUCCCCAGUCAGUUCUAUCUGACUCCAAGGCCUCAGGCAAAGAACUUGUUCUCUAUACAGAACCGACUUCCCUCACGGUUCCCAGGGAAAAGGAUCAUGUCCGAAAGGCUAUACUUGAAUCCCGAGCACGAGCACGAGCUGAGAGCAAUAAGUCUAUCAACCCUCCAGUUGGUUCAUUGCGUACGCCAGAGGAUUACUCACCAUAUGAUGAUCCCAUGGACAUUGAUAAUUGA